AUGAGACGAAACAAUCGCACCCGUGCCGGAGCUGGAGUGGGUGGAGGAGGACCAGUGGUAGCCAACCCGCCACCUGUGGCAGGUAGACGUGGGCACGAGAAUCGCCUGUGUGAGGACUUUCGCAGUCUCGAGGUAAUGCAGGGCUCAAGCAGCAACAGCACUGCCACUAGCAGCAACAGUGGCCGCAAUCAUUCGUCCUCACAGCGCAAGGAGCAACCAGUGCAGGGCGUACGAUCGUCCGGUCGUAACAACGGCGGCGUAAAUAUGUACAAUUACUCGUCGAACAUGGUUGGUACGCUCAAGCUGUCCUCGCUGCUUGUGUCCAUAAAUGGAAGCAAUGGGAGUGCAGCAUCCGGGGCUGCUAGCAAGCGGAAAGGCCUCUCGGAAUCUAUCCAUCCGGCCACCCUGGUCGAGCACGUGGUUGCGGAUAAAAUGCAGCAGAACAAAUUGCAGCAGCAGCAACAGAAGCAGCGCUUAAAGAUGCUAGCAGGAACAACGGCGACGUCAACGCUCGGGGGAGGCAGCAGCAGUAGCGGUAGCAGCAGCAGCAACAGCAACAACAGCGCCAAAUACCGGCAGACUAGGCAAGCCCCAAUGAUCCUGGAAUCGGACAGUACGAGCGGCGAGGACGAGGACGAGCCAGAUAAUGAUGUGGAGAAGGAAACGACCGGCGGGGGGGCCUUUCGUAUGCGUAGCAAUCGCAACAUGAUCAUGUUCGAUCCGACCGAUUCGGACGGCCAAAAUGGGGAGGACGACGAUGGUGAGACGGACGGUGAGGAACCGGAAGUUACUUCAUCCCCAGCGAGCAGCUGGCCAAGACGAGUGAUGCCUCGUCGGGGCAGCACAAGCAUCGCUAUGGCAGCCUGUGAUACUACGUCGUCCUUGCACGAAGAGGCGCAGGAAGAGGACGAUACCGACGCGUCGAACGAUGGUGUUGUCGAAGGUGGAGAGGAGGAGGAAGAAGAAGAAGAUGAAGAAAUCGGCUACGAUCCGCUGCAGGACACCGAGAUGAUGCAAGAAGCCACCGAGUAUGGGGAGGAGUACGUGGAGGCCGCCAAUGAUAGCAUGUACUCAGAGGGGCAGGACGGGCUGGAGAUCGACGACGAUGGGGAGCUGCUGGAGUAUGCGGAUGGAGAGACGAUCGAGGAGGAGGAGCAGGAGGGACAUGCAGUGACAAAUUCCAUGAACCAAUCGGACAAUGGACAACAGCAGGAAUACGGUAUGCGUGAGGAUGAAGACGAUGAAGUGAUCGACGUAGAGGAGCACGAACAUCAGAUGCAGCUCGAGAGUGGCAAGCAGAAGCAAUGCAAUGGUGGUGGGGGCAGCAACAACAAUAACAACAAUCACAAGGCUGGGGAAGGCGAGCAGGAUCGAUCGGACAGCGUGAUCUACGAAGGCCCCUCCGUUGAGUUUGAUGAGAUGGAGAUGAUCAAAAUUUCGGCCAUCAAUACCAAAGUUCGACUAAACGCGGCUGACAGGGUCAGUCUGGAGGAUUUUGAAAUGUUGAAGGUCCUGGGAACGGGAGCUUAUGGUACUGUGUACAUGGUGCGGAAGCUGACCGGGGUCGACAAGAACAAGAUAUACGCCAUGAAGGUCCUGAAGAAGGGCAUCGUUAGCUUGAAGAAAAAGACGGCCGAGCACACUAGAACCGAGCGACAGGUGCUCGAAGCGAUACAGGAUGCACCCUUUCUGGUUACGAUGCACUACGCCUUCCAGACGGACUCCAAGCUGUACCUGAUUCUGGACUACGUGAUCGGUGGCGAGCUGUUCACGCAUCUCUGCCAAAAGCAUAGCUUCUCCGAGUCGGAAGUGCAGAUCUACAUCGCUGAAAUCAUUGUUGCGAUAGAAUAUUUGCACAAGCUGGGUAUCGUGUACCGUGACAUUAAGCUGGAGAACAUUCUGAUCGACGUGGAUGGCCACGUCGUGCUGACGGAUUUUGGUUUGUCGCGCGAGCUCCUUUACGAGAACGAGCGAACGCACAGCUUCUGCGGUACGGUGGAGUACAUGGCACCUGAGAUCCUGAGAUCGUCCCAGCUGAUAGGACACGAUUCCACCGUCGACUGGUGGUCGGUUGGGGUGCUUACGUUCGAGCUGCUAACGGGUGGAUCUCCGUUCUCGUCAGAGGCAACUCCGGAAACUACACGACGUAUCCUGGAAACCGACGCAGUCAUUCCGGAGAACAUAUCGCCCGAAGCGACCGACUUCAUCCGCAAGCUGCUGGUGAAGGAUCCGAAACGGCGGCUCGGCAGUGGCAAAAACGAUGCGGCCGACCUAAAGUCUCACCCGUUUAUGCAGUCAAUCAACUGGUCCCGGCUAAUCAAGAAGCAGCUCAACUCACCGUUCCCUCCGGUUGUGGAGGACGAACUGGAUACGCGCAAUUUCAGUGCGGAAUUCACCAAUCAAGAAGCGGUUGAAAAGCCCUGCGCUGCGCCAAAGAAUGCUGAUCGCCUUUUCAGGGGAUACUCCUACGUCUCACCGAAGCUAUUGAGCAAGAGUAUCGACGAUCGGAACAAGUUCAUCCCGUAUCAUAACAUGCGCCCCGAGGAAAACUUCAUUAGACAAAGCGCAUCAAAGCAAUCACCGUUUUUCAGGAAGUACGAACUAAUGGAUGAUGCUCCCCUAGGGAUCGGUUCGUACUCCACCUGCCUCAAGUGCCAGCGGUUGCGCCAGAGCGGCAACAAUUUCUACUCCGUCAAGGUGAUGUUCAACCACCCGCAAACGGCGCAGCUCGCAAAACACGAAGUGACCGCUUUGCGCCAGUGCCAAGGGCACCCGAAUGUGGUGCGAUUCAUCGAGCUGCUCGAGGACAGCAACUACGUGUACAUUGUGCUGGAGUACCUCGACGGGGGCGAACUGUUGCAGCACCUCAACCGGCAGUUAACCCAGCUGACGGAGCGGGAAGUGCGCAUCUAUUUCUGCCAACUCGUGGAUGCGGUUGCCUACAUACACCGGCAGGGAUACGUCCACCGCGACCUGAAACCCGAGAACAUCCUGUUCGAGCGGAGGUCCUCCGAUCGGUUGCGCCUCAUCGAUUUCGGGUUCGCCGAACGUCUCGAUGGUGGUAACGAGGCUUCGCACAUACCUGCCGGCACGCUAGGAUACGUGGCCCCGGAGGUGUUGGGUUGCACGCCAUCCUCAAGUUCCUCAUAUGCCCUCGAAGCAACCGACGUGUGGUCACUCGGCGUCGUACUGUACACAAUGCUGUGCGGACAGGCACCGUUCACGCCGCGCCAGUUCUUCGGGCACAAGAAUCUAGCGUCGGCCGCGAGACAUAUGGAAUACAUCUGCGACAAGAUUCGCCGCGGGUCCAUUGAUCUCAGCACGAGUAUCUGGCUGGGUGUGAGCGAUUCCGCGAAAAAUCUGGUGCGAGAUCUACUGACGGUUGAUCCUGACAAGCGGCUCACGAUGCAGGAGCUGUUGAGGCACCGGUGGUUGCAAGAAUCCACCGAGCACCAAGGGCGGCAGCUAUCGAGCCAGGCACAGUUGACCUACCAGCAGUUGAAGGCGAACGUGCGCAACACGUACGAUGCAUUUAAAAUGGCCGAGCGGAGCGGGUUCCGGUUGCGGAAGGAAACUGCCCGAAGGUCACGGGGACCGGUUGGACUAAUGAUGGUACAGCCAGCACAGCGGGAGCGGAUUUCCGAAAGCAACGGGCUUGUUGCUGGUGGCAGCCUGACAAAAUCGAACUCAGUUACGACCGCAGUGCCUAAUCACAACCCACUCAGCAGCAGUAACUGUAGUGCUGCUGGUGGUGUCAAGAACAAACGGACACAUCGACAGAACGGUGAAAUCGAUGUUCCCGAGCUUUCCGGGUCGACCACGAAAUCGAUGGACUCGAAGUACAGCAGCUCGAUCGAGGAAAGCACAUCGAGUGGAAUCGGACGCAGUAAGAGCAGCAAAAGCAGCUUCUCGCAUUCUGGUAGUCCGAUGCGGGACACGUGCAACGGCCGGCAUCUGUCGAAUGGUUCUGUCGUAAUAAUCAUCGACGACGAUGAGGAGGAAGCCAAUAAUAAAGCCGUUGGGGCAGUGCAUCGUCUGCGUGAGGCUGCCGUUGAUCCGUGUGCUCCAGCACGGCAUCCCAUGCCCGACAAACGACUCGUGGUGGAUGCGCAGAGAAAACACCACAAAGCCAUCGGCCAGCAAGUGCAGGCGGAACAAACGGACGAAAUAGUGGCCGACGUGGAGGAAGACGAACCGGAAACGGAUGAGGAAUUUAACGCGUCCGUGUGUAUCAGAAGUCCGAAGGAAGCAGAAAGUAAUAAUAACAACGUUGGUAAAGGUAGGAUAGUGACCAAGCGAAGAAAAUGCGCCGGAGGUACAUCGAAGAUCGCCACGGCAGCAGAGCAGCAACGAACUCCUGUUUGCAACAACGAUCAAGUGGUUAUGGUUUCGAAGGACGCGUGUGAAAAUAUAAUAGGCUUAGCGGUAGGUACAGAAGUAAGGCCAUCGGUGCAACAGGACGCAGCUGUUAUGUGUAGCAAUCAGGAAAGCAUCUCGGAUGAUGCGCUUCGAAAUGAUAAGGAAAACGAGCGACCAAAGGAACCACCUUCGGCGGUUGCCAGUAGUAGUAACGAGAUGCCUGUCCCGAACCGAACGGAAGAGAGUGUUUCUCUUUUUUCAUCGAUAAACACCGAAGCUUGUUCACCAUCCCGUGCAGUUGCCAGUACGCAACGACAAGCGACAGCUUUACAGGUGAAGCAGGAACGAUUCGAUGACGUGUUGGACACCAUGGAGCUUUACUACGGUCCCUUUGAUGGACAGUCGUCGUACGAAUCCGACGAUGACGACGUGGUGUUUGCUGGUUUCGACUAUGUGCUGUCAUUAGUCGAUGAUGAUGAUGAGCAUUUUUUCUCGGGCUACGAUUUGGAAGAGAGCGAGAUUUUUUACGGGUUUACGCCAUUUGACUUGACGAACACGGUUCAGCCAGAUGCCGGCGCUCAACCAUCGACAUCGCGGGUGAGGAUAGAGGUUGAAAUGUCCGCAAAUCAUGUCCAUCGUCUGGACUUACGGGGGGUGGGCAUUAGCAAUCCCACUGAACCCGCGAAACGUAUAAUGAAAAGACGCCCGGAGGUGUGUGCAGACGAACCUCGGCCAAAGCGUUUGCGCCAAAUGGAGCGAAAAAACUACUCACUUACACGGCGGAGAAACCGGUAUGAUACCUCGUUCGAACUAAAUACGAGUGAAGUUUUUUAA